AACCAAAGCACAAAGCAAAGAGAUUUUACGUAGCCAUGGCCAUCUCCAAGCCUUUUCUUGCUCUUGCUCUUCUCUCUAUGAUUCUUCUUGUUCAAGCUAAUGAAUUGGUGAAUGAGCUUCACGGAAAAAGUAAUAUCACUGCUUCCAAAAUCAAUUGUGGAGCAGCAUGUAAGGCCAGGUGUCGGUUAUCAUCAAGGCCGAACUUGUGCCACAGGGCUUGUGGGACUUGUUGUGCUCGUUGUAGCUGUGUGCCACCAGGAACUUCCGGUAACCAAAAGGUCUGCCCUUGUUACUACAACAUGACCACCCAUGGUGGCAAAAGAAAGUGUCCAUGAUUCUUCUACUACUUGUGAAUUGUGCAACUUUGAUGUGAUGCCUUCAUUACAUAUGUAUUGUAUUGUAUAUUUUUUUUUUCCCAUGGAUUCUUGUAUGGUGAGUGUUAUUUAUCCAUAUGUAUGAUCGAUGCUUAAUAAGGACAAAUCCAGAAUAAUUGUUUUGUAAUAAUAUUAUAUUUUUGUGCAAUAAAAGUUGUAUAAUAAAUUGAAUUUGAUGUA